AAGGGAAAGUUACUCUCUUUCUUUCUCUCUAGCCUUUUUAUAUAUACAUACAUAUUAUACAGAGCAAGAACAGAGCACGUCUGGCUUGUUAGAAAGAAAGAAAGAAAGUCCAAAACAGAAAGCAGCCAUUUUCGUUGAGCUCUUUUCAAUCUCUUCUCUUCUCCACAUUCUCUGUUUUCUGACACUGCCCACAAAUGGAUGAAUAUCAUUACCUUAGAAGAAGCCAUGUUCCUGCGUUUGGAAGCUGGGAAUACUGUACCAACAACGGCGCCGCCUCCAUCGACGACCUCCCUUUCACUCAAUGUUUCGAAUCCGCCAGACAGCCCGCCUCCGCCGCCGCCGGAGGGUUUUACCCUAUUUACACCGCUUACUCACAAGAUCAAGAUCUUUACGUCGCCGGCGAUCUCUAUCAGAACGACGUCGUUACACCCACAAUGAUCGUCGUCUCACGCAAUAGGGGAAAAAGAAAUUGCCAGCAGAAGAAAGGACGGCAAGGCAAAGAUGGGAAGACGAUGAUGAAGAAGAAAGAUGAUGAUGAUGAUGAUAGUUGGAUGCAAUGCGACGCCGUGAAAGUAGUCCAGACGCCGGAGAGAAAAAUCCCCAAGGCUGUUGAUGAAGAUCUAUACAAGAUCUCGCCGGACCUCCUCCACACUAAACCUAAAAUGAAGAGAAAAACAGGUCUGUUUUCAAGCUGCUUAAGGCCGAUCUGUGUGUCCUAAAGAAGAACUCCGGCCACCGUAUCCGCCGGUAACCGCCAUGUGAACACCACCUUUAAACUAGCUAUAGUACUAGUAGUAUUGUUAGUAGCAUAUAAUUUAAGAGAAGGGUAUGUGCGUGUGAUGAUUGUAAAACAAAAAAGAGUGAAAAAGUGGGGUUGGUUUGGUCUGGACCAAACAACAUAAUUAAGAGCAUACAUUAUAUAUAUAUUUUGAUGUUUCAUAUAUU